AUGUCGUCGCCCAAGGGUCCUUUUAAGUUGAUAACCGUCAACACCGCACCUGAGCGUGCGAAGCGUCUCAUCGGCCGCAUGGUUGAAGCCCUCAAAGAUCAGUAUACGAUCGACUAUGUCGCCAACUGCGAGAUAGCAUGUGUAGGAAUAGAUGAGGUCGAGGCCAAAGUGAAGGAACACCAACCAGACGUCCUGUUUUGUGCUUCCAUGUGGACAGCAGAGGAGUCCGCCCAGAUCUUUUCUAUCGCAAGGGCGAUUAGACCGGAUGUCAAGACGCAUGCCAUCCCUCAUGGACUGCAAGUCGAGAGAGGGCCAGAUGCGAUCGUCGAGCACCUUCUUGAGAACGUCCCAAAGCUGCUUGACCAGUAA